CACACUGACGUCACCGUAAACAAUGGCAGCCAGUGGUUCAGCUGUGACGGUUCUGACUCCUAAUGGAAGAAGACAAACAGUCAAAGUGUCUCCAAACACGCCGUUGUUACAAGUCCUGGAGGAUGUCUGCAAAAAACACGGAUUUGACCCCGACGAUCACGGUUUAAAGUUUCAGAGGACUGUUCUUGACCUGACGUUGCCAUGGAGGUUUGCCAACCUUCCCAACAACGCUAAACUGGAAAUGAUGACAAGUACUAGGAAACAAAGUGGAGCUGAUAGCCAGGUGCGCGUUGCGCUCCAGAUGGAGGACGGCUCCCGGCUCCAGGGCUCCUUCUCUUCUGGCCAGAGUCUGUGGGAGCUGAUCACUCAUUUCCCUCAGAUCAGCGUGUCAGAGAUGUCUGGAUCAGGAGCCACUCCUGUGUGUGUUUACAUGAGAGACGAGGUGAGUGGGGAGGAAGCACUGAAGACCGUCACUCUGAAAUCUCUGGGACUUACAGGAGGAAGUGCCAUCCUCAGGUUUCUUCUUAAAAAAGACAAGACGCCAGAAGAGCAAGGUGAAACUGCUACUGUGCCAAUCCCACCUGAUGCCAAGGAAACCACAUCCAGCUCAUCAUCUCAGCCUGCUCCAGCUCCUGCUCCUGUUCCUGCUGCUGCUCCUGUUCCUGCUGCUGCUCCUGUUCCUGUUCCUUCUGCUGCUCCUGCUCCUGCUCCAGCUCCAGUUCCUGCUCCAGCUCCUGCUCCAGCUCCAGUUCCUGUUCCUGCUCCUGCUGCUGCUGCUCCUGCUGCUCCUCCUCCAAAAUCUGUGCACAUUGAAAACUCAAUUCCCGACGAGCCAAUGGGAACGCUGCCUGCGCCAACUCCUGCCACGCCUGUUGAGCAGGAGGCCAUUCCAAGCCUUCAGCCCAAAGCCCCGCCCACAGGAAGUGAAACACUAACCAAGGAUGGAGAAGAAGCAGCGCCAUCAGGACUGGACGACGACCCUUCCUCCUCCUCUGCUCCUUCAGCUCCCUUCAUUCCUUUUUCCGGAGGUGGUCAGUGCCUUGGAGGCCCAGGAGGAGAAACUGGUGCACACUGUCCAUCCUCAUCAUCAUCUUCAUCUCUGUCGGCUCUUGGUACAACAGUAGAAUCCCCCAAAGCCAAGAAACCCAAACCCAGCCACAGUUCUAACACCAAGUGUCAAACCAAUGCCAAGUUACAGGACCAGGAAAUGGAUCAUGUGGAGGAGUUUUUGGAGCCGAUGGAGAGGGAGCCUCUGAUCUAUCACCUGGACUCGACGUCCCGUCGCACUGAGAGCGACGAGGAUCUGCCCGACGAGUUCUUUGAAGUGACAAUGGAUGACGUACGGAAGCGCUUCGCCCAGCUGAAAAGCGAGAGGAAGUUAUUAGAGGAGGCUCCACUUAUGACUAAAUCUAUGAGAGAAUCACAGAUGAAGGAGAAGCUGGCGAAAUAUCCCAAAGCGGUCCUGAGGGUCCAGUUUCCAGACAGAUAUGCUCUCCAGGGCUUUUUCAGGCCACUCGAGACAGUUGGUGCUGUGAGACAUUUUGUGAGAAGUCACCUGGAGGAUCCUCAGCUCAGUUUCUACCUGUUCAUCACUCCUCCAAAAACUAUUCUGAAUGACUCUUCAGCCACAUUGUUAGAGGCCGACCUGUUUCCUGGUGCCCUGGUUUAUUUCGGCUCCGAAGUCAAAACAGACUUUUACUUAAAGAGAGAACUGAUGGAAACCUCUGUUUCUGCCCUGCAAGCAAAUAAGACCAUAGCAAGCUGCAUGAUCCAUCCUUCAGAAACCUCAUCCAGCUCUGCAGGAGUCCAGGAACCUCUGCCGCCUCCAGAACCAGCGGAGGACUCGAACAGGUUGACACAAGAAGAGCCAGACCCAUCAGCCCACAGCCAGGCCCCUAAACCAAGCAGAUCUGACCCGAGCAAAAUGCCCAAGUGGCUGAAGCUGCCAGGUGAGGACAGGAUGGAAAGCAAACACACAAACAGACCAGUGUAAUGGUUUCCACACACAUUCUUCUAUCGUCUGCUUCAUGUUCACAGUUUUUGAGUGUUUGUGUGUUUCUCCUCUGCAGCACUACAGGGAACCACAGCGUAGAAUGGGUUUCAUUUCUUUUACCAAAAUAAAGCACCUGUUUUGAAUUCAUUGCCCAUGCGAUUUACAGCGG